AAGCCUCUCUGAGACCAUGUACACAGCAGCAAGGAAGACGAGGAGAUGCGACGCUGCCAGAGACCACUGAGGACUUCGCUCAGACGUUGCGCGCGCCUCGCUUUUGGACGCUGAGACGCGAGUCCGGGCGCAGAGAUGGCGGGUUGGCCAGCCAAGUGGGUGUGCUUGGUGUGGGCGUGCCUCGUCAGUGUGACCAGGGCCUUCUGUCCCACUGUGUGUAACUGCGACGACACGGUGCCCAGCGCCCGCUGCGUGGGCGUGGGCAUCAAUGUGGUGCCCAUCCUCUUCAACCCGGGGCUGCGACGCCUCAACUUAGCGCACAACAUCAUCAGCUCUGUGGCGCAGGCGCUGGUCUUCUUCGACCGCCUGGAGGAGCUCGACCUGUCGCACAAUGUCCUCACCUCACUGGGCGUGGGCAACCUGGAGGCACAGUCGCAGCUGCAGGAGCUCCGCCUCGCCCACAACAACCUGACCCACAUGAAGCCCGGGGCCUUUAGGGGCCUGGCGUCCCUCACCCUGCUCGACCUCAGUCACAACGGCAUGCCAGACCUCCCCGCGGCCGUGCUGGCGGACAUGCCGCUACUGACGGUCCUCCUCCUCGCCCACAAUAAGCUGCACUCGCUCACCCAGAACACCUUCCGCGGCCUGCGCAGCCUCCACGUCCUCGACCUGUGCGACAACUACUUCCGGCACGUGCCCUCCGCGGCGCUGGAGAGCCUUCAGGCGCUCAAGUCUCUCCACCUCUGCCGGAACCGCCUCACGCGCCUCGACGUCGACACCUUCAACACGGAGAGCCUGACCUCCCUGUCGCUCGACACCAACAACAUCGACUACAUCGCCGACACCGCCUUCCACCGCGUCCAGCGCCUGCAGAAGCUCAACCUCAGCGACAACCUCCUCCGCAACAUCCCAGUGACGGCCUUGGCCUCGCUCGCCAUGCUCGACUCACUGAUCCUGAGCAAGAACAACUUCACGGCGCUCGCGGAGGGCGCCUUCCGCAGCCUCGGCCGCCUGGUCACGCUCGAGGUGUCCCGCUGCCCCCGCCUGGCCGCCCUGCACCCCGCGGCGCUCGACGGCUGCGUCAGCCUGCAGAGUCUAACCGUCUCCCACAACCCCUACAUCCAGCAUCUUCCAGUGAGACUCCUCAAUGCGCUACCUCGCCUCCACACCCUCGACCUCCGCGCCAACAGCCUCCGCAGCGUGUCGGAGGCCAGCAUGCCGUGGGGAUCCCUCGCUCGCCUCGACCUCCGGGACAACCCGCUGGUGUGCAACUGCUCCAUCCGGUGGCUCGCGGCGCUGCUGAGGGCCUCCAACACCUCCCUCGCCGCGCCGGACCUCCAGUGCGCGGCGCCGGAGAAGCUCAAGGGACUCUACUUGUCCAGGCUGAGCCCGAGUGAGCUGCUCUGCGUGGACCAAGUGCAGGUAGUGGUUGGCAUCGUGGUGGUGACGGUAUCGACGGUCCUGCUGGUCGCCCUCUCCGUCCUGCUUUGUCGGUACAAGCGGCGGCACCAGCGGGAUAAGCUCGGGCGCGGCUGGCCCCCCGGCCCGCUGGCCCCGUGGCCGCCCGAUGAGCACUCGGCCCCUACUAGGCACAUCAUGGCCGACGAGUACGUGUACCACACCUACUCCUCCGUCAGAAAGAUCCCCGUCACCAAAGUCUGAUAGUGCCCGCGGCCGCAGUCACGUGACCCCGGGCUUCGCGCUGACGUGUCUGUCGUGACCCAGUGGGCGCCGGGGCCUCCGGGGGGCGAGGCGCGGUGAGGGCGUCGGCCUCGCGGGCGUCGGGAAGUGGGGCCGACCUUUCCUGAGGAGCGAGACGCUUGAGGCUUUCCCGCAACUUUCAGGAUGUGAUAAAUGUAUCCACGAACGACUUAUCGGGCGAAGAGAAGUCUGCCGCUCGGAUUCCAGGAUAAUAUCUGCCAAACUUGUUGAACGAGAAGUCUGUGUGCACUCUCUCGCCACUGUGAAGCCGCUGUAUGACGCAUCCAGACGUGGUGCUUGUGUCCACCGCGGGGACAUCAACCACGAUAUGGAAUGUAUACAGAGCCUUUGAAUCCAAUUACCUUCAGUGCUGGAUGCAUGACACCGUCGGUGGUGACGCAGGC